AUGAAGUUCGCCGUCCUUCUCUCUGUCAUGACCGUCGUCUCCGCCUGGUCGGUUACAUUCCACGACCACGACCAGUGCGUCGGCGGCAGGACGUUCCACUACGGUGGCAAUGGUCACACCGGAUCCGACCAUGUGGGCCAGUGCUUCACCAUGACCAGCAUCGACAAUAGUUUCGCCAACUAUGACGCAAAGAGCGUGAACAUCGUAUUUGGCGGCUGCUCCUUUGACUUCUACACAGACUACUACCUAGAUGCUGGUCCAUGUGUGGCAAGCAACAACAACAAUUGGCAAAGAGUCGAUGAUGACGGGGACGGGUGUAUCCAGUGA